CGAAAUGUUGCUGCUGGCUACUGUUGCACUCGCUGGCUUUGUAAGUGCUCUUGGCGCACCUCAUAGCAUUAUCACGGGCGGCGGAAGGAUUGUAAACGGAACAGAUGCGGCCCCUGGCCAGUAUCCAUUCAUAGCUUCUCUGCAGUACCGCGGCAAACACACCUGUGGGUCUUCUGUUGUGAAUGAGUGUUACAUCGUGACGGCCUCGCACUGUGUUGACGGAAGAGAACCAGUGGACCUGACAGUUCUGGCUGGAACUGCCGUCCUGGGCCAUGGCGGAGUGAGACACGCUGCUCAGCUUAUCACGAUGCAUCCUGGGUACAACCCGGACGCUAUGUACGAGAAUGACAUCGCGCUUGUUAAGCUGUCCUCCCCGAUCACCUUCAACGACCAGGCACAACCAGUCGCUCUACCAAAUCAGCUGGAGCCCACGAAAGGGGGUACGCUUGCCACCGUCAUUGGUUGGGGUUUUCCAUACACUGACGGAGGCGUGAUGGAGAAGCUGCAACACGUGAACAUAACCGUGUAUGACGACGAGAAGUGCCAGUCCAUUCACUCCUUAGAGGUUCACGACACCAACAUCUGUGCAGGAGUUCCGGAAGGCGGCAAGGGUCAGUGCAGUGGCGAUUCCGGCGGGCCACUGAUUGCCGGCGGUCACCAGGUUGGUAUCGUGUCCUGGUCUGUGAAACCGUGCACCGUUGCCCCUUACCCAGGGGUGUACACCGAGGUGGCUCACUAUGUGGAUUGGAUCAGAGAAAACAGCAAAGAUGCCUGUUGAAGCACAGCGCCGUGUGGGUGACUGAAUUCGUACGAGGGUGUAACGUGCUCCUGCGCUGCUUGCACUGUACUGAAUGCCGCAAUAAACACUGAGUGAAGUAAUUCCCCUCAA